AUGCAGUAUUCAAUAUCCCAAGUAACUACCCGGCAACUACUGGCUUCCAUGCGCCUCCUUCCUACUGAUUCCGCUACAGCUGCCAUCUUCUCUGCUUCCAUUGCUACUGAUACUUCUGACGCAUCUCAUACCCCAAAUGAUUCCAAUGCCUUCACCAUCCAAGAAAUGCAGAUCCAGCUAAACAACGAUUUCAUCAAUACGACCAACGAUGAUACGGACGAUGACUCAUGGAUUUAUAACAGCAUCAACGCAGUGACUGCAACUAUGGAUGCUGAUGCUUCAUAUUAUUCUUCCACUUUCCGUGUUCAAGCCCCCGCGUCGUGUCUAGACUGA